AAUUGAUUGAUGCCCAGCAGCCGAACAGGGUCACCAACGACAACGACGCAUCCUGCAUCCGCCCAAUCGAAAGACGACUCCUCAGACGACAAACCCUUCGACCUUCGUCAAUCUCCGCCGAGUCGCCGACCAGGCGACCACCGUCUGUCCGUCUAGGGCCGCCAACGCAGCACUGCACGUCUGCACCACGACCAGGCUACCACUCUACUCAGACGUUAUUUUUUGCUGAAGCCUGAAGCAGUGAGCCUGUGAAGCAGGACUGAACCUGGGUUAACGUAAUCCCAAAGAAGAGUGCCAGAAUGCAAUUUUCCUGGGUUUCAUAGCAUAUAGUUUGUGAGUGAAGUUGCUGUAGUUUGGAAACCAUUGGGAUGGCCGAUAAGAAAGCGCUGUUCCGGGCUAAAUUGGCAAAGAGGAACGAGAAGCGUAUUGAGAAUCCUCUUGUGAGGUACAAUGAGCAUGAUCAACCUGUCUGUAGAGUUUGUGACGUUCUUCUGAAAUCUGAGACAGACUGGACUGUUCACCAAGCAUCUCGUAAACAUAAUACGGCAAUCAAUAAUCUCAAAGCCAAAUCUACCACACUAAAGCGAACUAACAAUGUGAAUACUGAGCUUCCUAAAGACUCACAUAGGGUUAAACCUGAGAAUCAUGACGAGUUUCUUAAUAAAGGAGUUGAAGUUUCUACAGGGCUGUCCAAACCUCGACAGGCAUCUUCCCUUCCUCCCAACUUUUUUGAUAGCAAGGAAACAAAGAAACAAAAAAGUGAUCAUAUUGAAUCAAGAGGCCAUGGCACACAAAAUACUGAAGCCAUUGCUCAAGCUAAAGAAUCAUUGCCACCUAUUCCAAGGGGCAAGGUGGAAAUAAACAAUGUAAACAUUGAUGAAAAAAAUUCUGAAUCUGGGCUGUCCAAGGAACACAUAUCAAAGCAGACUCUUGGCUCUGAAACUAGGAAGGCCAAAGGACUUAUACCUGAAGGAUUUUAUGAUAAUAAAGAUGCUGAUUUGCGUGCACGUGGUAUUACACCAGUCAAACCUGAUGUCAAGGAUGAGUACAAGGAGUUUGAGAAGUUGAUCCAGGAGGACUUACAGGAGGUUGACAAACGCUUAGAGGAAGAGGAGUAUGAUGCAGCUGAUAUGAUAGAAGAGGAAGAGACUGUGGAACAAAGGGCCUACAGAGAAAGGGUGGAGAUGUUGAAGAAGAAAAAGAUGGAACUUAAGGCUCGCAAGUCUACCAUCCGUAGCAAAGCUACUCCUCCGAUCACUAAGGAAGAGUCUAGUAGUGAUGAAGAGUCUUUAAGUGAUGAUAGCAAUGAAAACUUAACAGUUGAUUGGAGAGCUAAACAUCUGUGAAAUCCAUUUUUGUAUACUUGGUAGUAAUGGCACUUCCUCUUCACCAUCCCUUCAGCUCUGUUCUUUCAUAACAGGUCGCUUUUAAUUUCAAAAUGUGUUCUAAUCCAACUUCAUUAGUAUUCUGGUUGCAGAUUUUGGAGUUGACUGAACCGUUAAUGAGGUAAAGUUCAACAGAAACGGAACCCUGGCAGAUUUAAUUGUUUUGUGACACCGUGACAUCCAUUGAGGGACAAUACCGAUCUACCAAACAGGCAAACAUUAUUUUAAUUUUAGAAAUUUGAAAUGAAAUGUUUCGAAACAAACCCUUAGCUAAUACGUAGUAGUAUGGAGUAUUAGUUUGUAUAAUUGUAGCUUUGUGGUUGGAGUUGUGCAAAGCGUCUGUUAUGCAAUCUGAUCUGCUAUUCUCUUUGUACUGUUUCCGACUUGGCAAAAUAUAUUGUGCACCAUCUUGUACAGCUGGAUAAAUUUCUUGUGUGGGUUAAAUCACAUGAAGUUAUUUAAUGAUUUAAAACUUGGACUAAUAAAAUAGAACUCAAAUGUACAUGUACAUUGUUGUGUACUUUGAGAACAGUCUAUAC